UUGGGUUUAACACCCCAGCCCUUAGGCUUCCCGCCCCACUUAAAGUGGGGAAAUUACCGGAAACCCUCAGGAUUAAUAUCGGUAAAUGAUUUUCCGAUACGUAUCGGUUUAUCAUUUACCGAUUCGUAUUGAUAUAACAGCAUCAGAUAGGUUUUGAAACAUAAUUUUCAAAACCCAUUUCCCUCCCCAAAUCACUCCCUCUUCAAAUCUCUCCCAAACUUGCGUUCGGUCCCAUCAUCAUCAAAGCUUCCUCAAAGCUCCGGAACUCCCAUUCCAUUACAUUCAAAAGGAGAAUGAAGGGCGGGAGGAAGAGGUCUCGAUCUUCUACAGUCGAUGAUGCAGAGGAUCGCCACGAGCGCUUGCAUGCUUCUACGCGGCGCGGCGACCAUCGAGCAGCUAGUCAGGCGGUUGAGGCUUCGGCCCCGUCUCCGUCUCCGUCUGCUACUCCGGCCGGGGCUCCGUCUCCGUGUCCGUCUACUACACCUCCGUCAGGUGGUCCAUCUACUACAGCUCCGUCAGGUACUCCGGCUGAGCCUCAGCCUCAUCCUACUCCGGUCUCUCCGAUGGUUGAGUUACCUCUUGAGGAGACAUCUGGCGAGCAGUCUUCUUCGGAGCCCAGUGGCGAGGAGUCUGCUUCUGAGACUGCUUCUGAGACUGCUUCUGAGGCCAGUGGUGAGGAGGAGGAGCCUCUUAUUCUCCAGGAGGAGAUUGAUGCUGCUGAUGUUGUGCCAGAUGUGGUGGCAGAGGGCGGCGCGGAUGACGACCUCAUCCAGAGGGUGGCACCGUUUCCCGGGGGGCCUGAGGAUCUGUCGCUUCUUGCGCAUUAUCCUGACCACAAGGCUCCUUGGACGUGGCAGGCACUUCUUCGCAUAGACCCGCGGUACGUGGACCGUCGGACAUUGAGGGUGGCCACUGUUGGGGGGAAGGUAUGGAACCUCCCCUAUGAUGGCGAUUCAGAGGCCCACACAGCUGUGCGACAGCUGCUGCAGCAGACGGGUUUGUAUCACCUGCCUUGGUGCGGGUUACCGGAGACAGACCCAGCUGUCGUACUGGCCCUUGUUGAGAGAUGGGUCGAGUUUCUACACUCCGGGCAGAGGGGAGCGAGACGAGGUUGCAGCGCUCUGCGCCCAGCUCCUGGGAGGAUCAAUUGCUGCUUAUCUGGCUGA